AUGCGCAGUACCCGGGCUUCUGCCCGGUGCCUUCCUAAGGCUGAGGUGGCAGGGCUGGCUGCCUCUGUGGGCUGGAGGCGCGGCGCUAUGGCCGAGGCCAGUGGGGAAGUGGUCGCGGUGCCGGCGACCGGGGCUGCCAAUGGCCUCAGCAAUGGGGCGGGCGGCGCCUCGUCGCAGUCCAACAACCCGCUGUCGCGCAAGCUACAUAAGAUCCUGGAGACGCGUCUGGACAACGACAAGGAAAUGUUGGAAGCUCUCAAGGCACUUUCAACCUUUUUUGUUGAAAACAGUUUGCGGACUCGAAGAAAUUUACGUGGAGAUAUAGAACGCAGAAGUUUGGCCAUCAAUGAAGAAUUUGUAAGGAUUUUCAAGGACGUGAAAGAGGAACUUGAAAGCAUAAAUGAAGAUGUUCAAGCAAUGAGCAGCUGUUGUCAAGAUAUGACAAAUCGCCUACAGGCAGCAAAAGAACAGACUCAAGAUUUAAUAGUAAAAACCACUAAGCUUCAAGCUGAAAGUCAAAGAUUGGAAAUCCGAGCACAGGUUGCUGAUGCCUUCUUGUCCAAGUUCCAGCUGACUUCUGAUGAAAUGGGUCUUCUCCGUGGUACAAGAGAAGGACCUGUUACUGAGGACUUUUUCAAAGCAUUAGGAAGAGUAAAACAGAUUCAUAAUGACGUCAAAGUUCUCCUACGUACCAACCAGCAAACAGCAGGGUUAGAAAUUAUGGAACAGAUGGCCUUGCUUCAAGAAACAGCUUAUGAGAGACUUUACCGAUGGGCUCAAAGUGAAUGCAGAACAUUGACACAUGAAUCAUGUGACAUAUCUCCAGUCUUAACUCAGGCAAUGGAAGCCCUGCAGGAUAGACCUGUCUUAUAUAAGUACACCUUAGAUGAAUUUGGAACAGCCAGAAGAAGUACAGUUGUUCGUGGAUUUAUUGAUGCCCUUACAAGAGGAGGCCCAGGAAGUACACCUAGACCCAUUGAGAUGCACUCCCAUGACCCUUUGAGGUAUGUGGGAGAUAUGCUGGCCUGGCUCCAUCAAGCUACUGCUUCUGAAAAGGAACACCUGGAAGCUCUCUUAAAACACGUUCCUACCCAAGGUGUUGAAGAAAAUAUUCAAGAAGUUGUUGGGCAUAUCACUGAGGGUGUGUGCAGACCUCUGAAGGUUCGAAUUGAACAAGUAAUACUUGCUGAACCUGGGGCAGUUUUAUUAUAUAAAAUUUCUAAUCUCCUUAAAUUUUACCACCAUACAAUCAGUGGCAUUGUUGGAAACAGUGCAACUACAUUAUUGACUACCAUUGAAGAAAUGCAUUUACUAAGCAAGAAAAUAUUCUUCAAUAGCUUGAGUCUUCAUGCCAGUAAAUUAAUGGACAAGGUUGAACUCCCACCACCUGAUCUUGGACCAAGUUCUGCAUUAAAUCAGACACUCAUGUUGCUGCGUGAAGUUUUGGCAUCUCAUGAUUCUUCAGUUGUCCCUUUAGAUGCUCGUCAAGCUGAUUUUGUGCAAGUUUUAUCGUGUGUCUUGGAUCCUCUCCUCCAGAUGUGUACUGUAUCAGCCAGCAAUUUAGGCACAGCUGAUAUGGCCACUUUCAUGGUCAAUUCUCUGUAUAUGAUGAAGACAACAUUAGCUCUAUUUGAGUUCACUGACAGACGUCUGGAAAUGCUACAAUUUCAGAUUGAAGCACAUUUGGACACACUUAUAAAUGAGCAAGCUUCUUAUGUUUUAACUAGAGUAGGCUUGAGUUAUAUCUAUAACACUGUACAGCAACAUAAACCUGAACAGGGCUGUUUAGCUAAUUUGCCCAACCUAGACUCUGUGGCACUGAAGGCUGCGAUGCUUCAGUUUGAUCGUUACCUGUCAGCUCCAGACAACCUGUUAAUGCCUCAGCUGAACUUUCUUCUAAGUGCCACAGUAAAAGAGCAGAUCAUAAAACAGUCCACAGAAUUAGUCUGCAGAGCCUAUGGUGAAGUGUAUGCAGCCGUGAUGAAUCCCAUCAAUGAAUACAAAGAUCCAGAGAGCAUUCUACACCGAUCGCCACAGCAAGUGCAGACACUUCUUUCCUGAUUGUGUUGUUUAUUUUGUUGGCGAGGUUUUACAUCCCUAGAACACUAAAGAUUGUCAUUUUUAAGGCUAUUAAUUUUCACUUUUAAAUUUGAUAGAAUUUUAUUUGUAAUGUGCAACUGUAGGUUGAAAUAAUUUCCUUUUUUCUCAAUAAACUGAAAGUAAGAUAACA